GUCCCACAAAAGAAUAGGUCGAGGCGUGGCGCAAGCUGCGGCAGUGUGGCUGUGACACAACCUCGGCUCAGCUUCAUCGUGGUCCCGGCAAUUGCUCAUGUCAAGUCACAAUUGAUUGAUGUGAUGUUCGAGACAUGGACAUGACAUGAGGCGCUCUUCCUGAACGUGCAACACGCGCGGUCUCUGAUUGCUACCUCCGUGAUCCAUCAAAACCACGCUUCCACCACCUGAUCAUGGCAUCUCUCCAGGAUCUAAAGGCUCGUCGGCGGGAAGACUACCCCUACAUCCUGGACUACCGCACUCGAUGGAACGACAAUGACAUGUACGACCACAUGAACAACUCAGUCUACAACUUUCUGUUUGACUCGGUGGUCAACGACUACCUGAUGAAGCACUGCAAUUUGCACCCGCCAACGUCGGAGGAGCACCCUCUCGCAGCUCACCUGCACACAGACUUCUUCUCCUCGAUUGCCUACCCGGCCGUGGCAGAGCUGGGCCUGCGCGUGAACAAGCUGGGCAGGUCAAGUGUCACCUACGAGAUUGGCCUGUUCGAACAAGGAUCGCCAGACAUCAAGGCCGUGGGCGAGUUUGUCCAUGUCUGGGUGCAGCGAGCGACCCAGAAGCCAGCCCCCACGGGUAUGAGCGACGGACUGAGGAAGGGCCUGGAGAAGAUCUACAGGGGGCCCGGGUCGCCGUUGUCUUCCUCAUCGCCUCCAGGCAGCAAGUUGUGAAUUGCGAUUUUGAGGGCAAGAGACCGUCUUUAC